AUGGCACCCUGCCAUCAGUUCGCCCUCCCCACCUCUUUCACCGCAGCAUGGCUGGGCGGUUCAACCGCCAGCUCCCUUCUCCCGACCUCUCCAAUCCCGGUUCCACCAUCCCUCCCCUGCAUCAACCCAUCCCCCCCCUGCAUCAACCCAUCCCUCCCCUGCAUCAACCCAUCCCUCCCCUGCAUCAACCCAUCCCUCCCCUGCAUCAACCCAUCCCUCCCCUGCAUCAACCCAUCCCUCCCCUGCAUCAACCCAUCCCUCCCCUGCAUCAACCCAUCCCUCCCCUGCAUCAACCCAUCCCUCCCCUGCAUCAACCCAUCCCUCCCCUGCAUCAACCCAUCCCUUCCCUGCAUCAACCCAUCCCUCCCCUGCAUCAACCCAUCCCUCCCCUGCAUCAACCCAUCCCUUCCCUCCAUCAACCCAUCCCUCCCCUGCAUCAACCCAUCCCUCCCCUGCAUCAACCCAUCCCUCCCCUGCAUCAACCCAUCCCUCCCACCAACCCACACCUUUGCAGCUCUCCCGCCCAUCAGGGCAGGGCGCUACAGCAUGAACAUCCCCCCGCCUUACCUCGCUAUCCCCCUGUCAUAG